AUGGGACGAAGGAAAAAUGGCAAAUUUUAUAUUUGUAUUAACUCUAUCUAUCUAUCUAUCUAUCUAUCUAUCUAUCUAUCUAUCUAUCUAUCUAUCUAUGUUUUCUUUAUCUUUCAUUUUCUUUAUUUUCUUCGUCUUUCUUUCUUUUUCUUUAUUGUCGUUGGCGGUGGCAGCAUUGUUGCUGUUGUCGUUGUUAUUAUCAGAAACACCUUGUGUUUUUUAUUCUAUCUAUCUAUCUAUCUAUCUAUCUAUCUAUCUAUCUAUCUAUCUAUCUAUCUAAGUUUGUUUAUCUGUCCAUCUAUCUAUAUAUAUGUUUUUACAUCUCUCUCUCCCUCUCUCUUUCUCUCUCUCUCACUCACUCACUCACUCUCCCUGUGUUUUUUAUUCUAUCUAUCUAUCUAUCUAUCUAUCUAUCUAUCUAUCUAUCUAUCUAUCUAUCUAUCUAAGUUUGUUUAUCUGGUCGUGUAUCCAUAUAUGUUUUUCAUAUCUAUCUAUCUAUCUAUCUAUCUAUCUAUCUAUCUAUCUAUCUAUCUAUCUAAAUCUCUCAUGAAACGAACUGUGGGUGCUGACGAAAACCAGUAA